AUGAAGUUUGGUAAAAACCUCCCCCGAAACCAGGUGCCUGAAUGGGCUGCCUUUUACAUCAAUUACAAGGGGCUUAAAAAGCUGGUUAAGGCAGCUGAGAUUGCCUCACAAAAAGGAGAACCAGUUGAUUUGGCGGAGUUCUUCUUUGCUCUUGAUCGUAACCUGGAGGAUGUAGAUUCCUUCUACAAUAAGAAGCUGGCUGAUGCUCUUCGGCGGCUUAACCUCCUCAACGAGCGAUAUGGCUAUGUCCCCGAGGUAGUCCCCACCCUUGAUGCGGAUGAGAUUGAAGAGCUUAUCGGCGCCCUCCUCGAACUGAGACAUCAGUUACGCAAUCUCCAGUGGUUUGGCGAGAUCAACCGCAAGGGCUUUGUCAAGAUCACCAAGAAGCUGGACAAGAAGGUUCCCCAUGCGGCCACCCAACAUCGGUACAUCUCUACCAAGGUCGAUCCCAAGCCUUUCGCCAAAGACAUGAAUGUCACCCGUCGCCUUGCCGAGAUCAACAAGUGGCUCUCCGUCCUCGGAGACGCGCAGAACGCCGAUGAUGCCAAAUCUGAUCGCUCCAGCCGGUCGCUUGGCCGGGCAUCUGCAAAGGGUGCCACCAACUUGCCUCAGUCUCGUCUUGAUGCUCUCGACCAAGCAGCUCGCGCCGAUGACGUGACGUCUCUUGAGACGAAUCUCCAAGAGACGAAUGCCCUCAAUGAACCCUCUUUCCAGCCACUCCUCCUCAACCUCCUUCAGAGGUCCAUCACAUCCCGCUCCAAAAAGUGCAUCGAGUACCUCCUCGGCAAGAUCAAGACCCUCGAUGAACCUGACGAUAUCAAUUCGCGAAAUUGCAUCCACCGCCUAGUUAUGCACAUAGGCAGGACGAAGACAUCGGCUUCGAAAGAGCAUAGCACAAAUACCUACCCCUUCCAUGGCGGCACCCAGUUCAGCUCUCAGUAUCUGCAGCCUGCGGCUUCCGCUGCCUCCUCGCCGAAGGCCCUCAACCAGAACGAGGCGGGCCUACUUGGCAAGGACGACGAAGCGGUUCGACUUCUAAUCUAUCUCCUCGACAAGCUUUCCCCCGAACAGAGGCCCGCGCUGAAAAGCAAGGACUCCUUCGGCAGGCUUCCACUUCACUAUGCCGCCCACUUCGGCUUCGUCGUAUUGUGCGAAAUCAUAGCGGCGAAGAUGAAGGAGUGGGGCCAGUUUACCCUCGAAGACGAUCUCGACUCUCCCGAAUGGCAAGAUGUGGACGGCCACGGACCCCUCCACUUGAGCGUUAUCGGCGGUCAUCCUAAGACAACCCAAGCUCUGCUUACUGCUAUGAGCAAGAAGCAACAACCUACAAGCAACGGUGCGGUUGAGGUAACUAACCUGCCAGUCUCAAAAUCCGGCGCCAUCCUCGGACUGGCGACAAAGGCAAAUUUUGGCGUGAUUGUCAAAAUGCUCGUUGACGCCGGUUUAGACAUAAAUUGGCAAGACAAGGCCGGCGAGACCGCUCUCCAUAUUGCGGCACGCUUUGGUCACACCGAGUGUGCCAAGGUUCUUAUCGAGGGAACGGCGGAUCAGAAGGCCGAUAUCGAAAUCAUCGAGUCUAACUAUGCGUGGACGCCUCUCCAUGUGGCAGCCGUCGAUGGCCAGCUCGAGAUUGUCAAGCUCCUAGUCGAUGCCGGAGCGGACCUCGCGAAACCAGACUCGUCUGGCUGGGUAGCCAAGGAGCAUGCAGCGCUGCGCGGACACAUGGAGAUUGCGCGUCUCCUAGACUCCCGGAUGAGGGAUGCACAUGUGACCGAGGGCAAGCCAUCUAGAAGCCCAAGCCCUCGUCCCGAGAAUGCCUCGAUCCAAGAGCGCCGCUCUAACGGUGCUGCCUCGAAACCGAUCGAGUUGGUCAAGUCAUUCGGUCAUCGCUACCUAACCAACGAAAGCCUUAUCCUCGUCAGCCUUGGCUCCAUGGACAUGAGGAAGAACGUAGAAGCCGUUAGUCUCGAGAAAGUCCCUCUCACCGAAGCGCAUCUCACGGGCCUCGAUACUGCGUUGUCCGUUGUUGUAUCCGCAAGCGGUGCGCAGGGCGAACCUACUAUCAUCGAUCUCCCCGCGCACGAAAACAUCGCGACCGAGCCCGUCGUCUUCACGGCGCAAGAUGCUACCAAGGUCAAGAUUCUGUUCGACAUUGUUCCCACGUACUCUGGAAACGCCAAGGACAAGAUUGGCCGGGGCGUAGCGCUUUUGUCGUCCAUCCGACCCGUCGUCGGUACGAAGAGGAUGAGCCUUCAGGGAGACGUGUGCGUUCCUAUCAUGGCGGGAAAUCUCGAGGUCAUCGGAACUGUGAACUUCAAUUUCCUCAUAGUCACGCCGUUCUCGCAUCCCAAGAUGGAGAUUACGUCGAAGCAGACUUACUGGAAGAAGCUUGCGGAUACCAUGGUCAUCGGGCACCGUGGCCUCGGCAAGAACGUGUCGUCCACUCGGUCGCUGCAGCUCGGAGAAAACACAGUUCCUUCGUUCAUCGCUGCGGCCAAUCUCGGUGCGCAAUACGUCGAAUUCGACGUUCAGCUAACCAAGGACCACGUUCCGGUUAUCUAUCACGACUUCCUCGUUAGCGAGACGGGUAUCGACGCGCCGGUGCAUACUCUGACGUUGGAGCAAUUCUUGCACAUCAACCCGGACUCCACUCGCUCCAUGCACAAGGACCAGAACUUGAGAGACCCACGAAUGCGACCCCGGAGCAGCAGCCUCGACGCUAGGAAGUCUGUAAACGCACUCGUCGAGGAGAUAAAGAAGCGCACGGAAAUGGAAGAGCGGAUGCGGCACACGCGGGACUUCAAGAGCAAAGGCUACAAGGCCAACUCGCGCGGCAACUUCAUCCAGGCCCCCUUCGCGACACUCGAGGACCUCUUCCGCAAGAUCCCCGAACACGUGGGGUUCAACAUCGAGAUGAAGUACCCUAUGCUCCACGAGACCGAGGAGCACGAGAUGGACACGUACGCCGUCGAGCUGAACUCCUUCUGCGAUACGGUCCUCUCCAAGGUGUACGACUUGGCCGGCGACCGCCACAUCAUCUUCUCGUCGUUCAACCCGGACAUCUGCCUCUGCCUCAGCUUCAAGCAGCCGUCAAUCCCUAUCAUGUUUCUGACGGACGCGGGGACGGCCCCCGUCGGCGACGUGAGGGCGUCGUCGCUGCAGGAAGCAAUUCGGUUCGCGAGCCGGUGGAAUCUGCUGGGGACGGUGAGCGCGGCGGAACCAUUUGUCAAUAGCCCGAGGCUUGUGAGGGUUGUUAAGGAGAGGGGGUUGGUGUGUAGGCAAGUCAAGGAGGGCAUCGACGCUGUCAUUGUCGACAACGUACUCGCCAUUCGCAAGGGUCUAACGACGAACAACGACCGAGGAGUUGUGGAUCAGGAAGACUCCACGACGGUGCUACAGGACAUAACGACGAAGGAAAACCUGGGCGUUGUCGGAUCAUAA